GAAAAGAACACGUUGAGCUUGGACAGGCGCGCUGUUGCGUUCUCCAUUGCCGUUAUUAUUUCAAUCUGGACGUCCUCCCACCGACACCCAGUGACAUAAUAAUCCUCUCCAGCGCGGACUUUACAGGGCGACGAACCGGCCUCCAUCAUUAUUAUCUAUCUCUUUCGCUACUACCACUGCUCGUAUAAACUUUCUGGGACUACUACCUUGGCGUUCCCAUGUCUUUCACUGGGUAGUAGUUAAUUGCUUACGUUGCUCGUUUCGCUCUUUUCGUCGCUUCCCCAAAUUCUUCCUUUCCUUUCCUUAUCUUGUUGUAACCGUCUCUGUGCCAGCUGCUGCGUGCUUUUCGCAGUCUCCCUCGACAGCAUGGAGCAUUCAUUCCUUCGCUCUCCAGCCGAAGUCCUGGAGUAUUUUGGUGUUUCCGAGAGCACCGGUCUAUCAACACAGCAGGUCCUGAAGUCUAAACAGAAAUACGGUCCCAAUGCUCUUCCCGAAGACCCUCCCACGCCUCUUUGGGAGCUGGUGUUGGAACAGUUCAAAGACCAAUUGGUCCUCAUCUUGCUUGGUUCCGCGGCAGUUUCCUUUGUCCUUGCUCUGUUUGAAGAUGGAGACGAUUGGACUGCAUUCGUGGACCCCGCUGUGAUCCUGACUAUUUUGAUUCUCAAUGCUGUUGUCGGUGUUACCCAAGAGAGCAGUGCCGAGAAGGCAAUUGCUGCUCUCCAAGAAUACUCUGCAAAUGAAGCCAAGGUGAUUCGAGAUGGGAAGCCACAACGCAUUAGAGCGGAAGACCUGGUCCCUGGGGAUAUCGUUGAUGUUGCAGUGGGUGACCGCGUUCCAGCGGACUGUCGAUUGCUCCACAUUCAUAGCAACGGUUUUCGCGUGGACCAGGCCCUUCUGACGGGUGAGAGUGAAAGUGUUGCCAAAGACGUCCGCAUAGUCAACGAUAAGCAGGCUGUCAAGCAGGAUCAGACCAACUUAGUCUUCUCUGGCACGACCAUUGUCAAUGGCCACGCCACCGCAAUUGUCGUCCAGACUGGUACAUCUACGGCUAUCGGAAAUAUCCAUGAGAGCAUUGUGUCCCAGAUUUCGGAACCGACCCCGCUUAAGCAAAAACUGAAUGAUUUUGGUGACAUGCUGGCAAAGGUGAUUACCGUCAUCUGUGUGCUCGUGUGGGUGAUCAACAUCGAGCACUUCAAUGAUCCGUCUCAUGGUGGUUGGGCAAAGGGAGCUAUCUACUAUCUGAAGAUUGCCGUCUCGCUGGGCGUCGCUGCUAUUCCAGAGGGUCUUGCUGUGGUCAUUACCACCUGUCUCGCUCUUGGAACCCGUAAAAUGGCCCAGAAAAAUGCAGUCGUCCGGUCUCUCCCUUCGGUCGAGACUCUUGGCAGCUGUAGUGUCAUCUGUUCGGACAAGACGGGGACUCUGACCACCAACCAGAUGAGCGUGGAGAAGGUUACUUACCUGGACAAAUCUGGACUUGACGUCGUGGAAUUUGAUGUUGAAGGCACGACCUUCGCUCCAGAAGGUGAUCUCAAACGCAAUGGCAAGACACUGCGGGACCUUGCUGUCUCGUCAUCGACAACCCGACAGUUGGCUGAAGCUCUGGCUCUCUGCAACGAUGCUUCGCUUUCUUAUGAUGUGAAGACCGAGACAUAUUCUUGCAUCGGAGAGCCCAUGGAAGGUGCAUUGCGGGCCUUGGUCGAGAAGAUUGGAACUGAUGAUGCGGCCACUAAUAGCAAGCUCUUUAGUCUUCCCGCAUCCCAAAGGCUACAUGCUGCGAGCGAGUACUACGCCUCACGUCUCCCGCGGAAAGCAAUUUACGAAUUUUCUCGUGAUCGAAAGAGCAUGUCCGUUCUCGUAGGAGAGGGGAAGGCACAGAAGCUUCUGGUUAAAGGUGCCCCGGAGUCGAUCUUCGAGCGUUGCUCUCAUGUAUUGCUGGGGUCUGAUGGACCGAGAGUGCCUCUCACCAAGAGUCAUGUGGAUUUGCUUUCUGAAGCCGUUGUCCAGUAUGGCAAUCGGGGCCUUCGUGUUAUUGCCAUUGCCAGCGUUAACGAUGUAUGGGCCGAUCCGCGACUGAAGACCGCCAACACCCCCGAGGAAUAUGCCCAGUUGGAACGGAACAUGACUCUCAUCGGUCUCGUCGGAAUGCUUGACCCACCCCGACCUGAAGUGAUUGAUUCCGUGAGAAAAUGCCGGUUGGCUGGUAUCAGAGUCAUUGUCAUCACCGGUGACAGUCGGAGUACCGCUGAGUCUAUCUGUCGUCAGAUUGGCAUCUUCCGUGAGCAUGAAGACCUGGAAGGCAAGAGCUUCACUGGCAGGGAAUUUGAUAGUCUCUCUGAGAGUGAGAAGCUUGAAGCCGUUAGCAAAGCGUCCCUCUUCUCUCGGACCGAACCUGGUCAUAAAUCAAAGCUGGUAGAUCUUCUCCAGUCUCUUGGCCAUGUUGUUGCCAUGACUGGAGACGGUGUCAACGAUGCACCAGCUUUAAAGAAGUCGGAUAUUGGCGUUGCGAUGGGCAGUGGCACGGACGUAGCCAAGCUCGCCGCAGACAUGGUGCUUGCCGACGACAAUUUUGCUACCAUCACGGUUGCUGUCGAAGAAGGUCGGUCAAUCUACAGCAACACUCAGCAGUUUAUUCGGUACCUUAUUUCAUCAAACAUCGGCGAGGUCGUAUCUAUCUUCUUGACAGCAGCGCUUGGCAUGCCAGAAGCCCUCGUCCCUGUACAGCUUCUAUGGGUCAAUCUUGUCACGGAUGGUUUGCCUGCAACCGCCUUGUCCUUCAAUCCAGCCGAUCACGAUGUCAUGAGGCGUCCUCCUCGGAAGCGCGAUGAGCCAUUGGUUGGUGGCUGGCUUCUAUUCAGGUACCUGGUAAUUGGCACAUACGUCGGAGCGGCAACUGUUUUUGGCUACGCCUGGUGGUUUAUUUAUAACCCUGAGGGACCCCAGAUUUCUUUCUGGCAGUUGUCCCAUUUCCACAAGUGCUCUGCCUCAUUCCCCGAGAUCGGUUGCGAGAUGUUUUCGAAUGACAUGUCGAAAUCAGCAUCUACAGUCUCGCUGUCCAUCCUUGUGGUCAUUGAGAUGUUGAACGCCAUGAAUGCCCUUUCCUCUAGUGAAUCUCUCCUCACUCUCCCUCUGUGGAAAAAUAUGAUGCUUGUUUACGCCAUUAUCCUAUCAAUGGUUCUUCAUUUUGCGAUUCUAUACAUCCCAUAUCUCCAAGGACUCUUCUCCAUCCUGCCUCUGGACUCGAUCGAGUGGAAGGCAGUAUUGGCUAUUAGCGCCCCAGUUGUGGUGAUCGACGAACUUCUCAAAUUGGUGGAGCGUUAUCUCUACAAUACCUCAGCUACUUCUGUACAGCAGAAUGGUGCCACAUUCAAGUCCAAGAGAGCAUAGAAGCACUAGAACAGAUCUGCGUUUUUCAGCUAUAUGAGCGAUUAUAGAUAGACAGUCAGUCCACUUUGAUCCUUUUUGUCUUUGGGCCGGGCGAUUUUGAAGUGACUUGUCCAUCAUGUUUAUUUAUGAAGAGUUUACGUAUAGAAAAGGUCAAAUUGAAGAAGCGA